UGUCGAAUAACAAGGGGUGAUAAGAUGUACAUUGCAUCUGUAUGCCGUUGCGUAGCCGUACCAGUGUAAGGACAGAGAUACACAUCGAUACUAUCAGAUGACCGCUAUGCGUACAAGUUCAAUACACAAAUGGAGCACCGCCUCUCCUAAAUACUUGCUAUGUUCAUUAUAUAUACCUAGGUAGCUUUCGGGUAAACUGGUCCUUGAAAAGCCAAAGCCAUAUUCUAUCCUUUCAGCAAGAAGGUCUUGUUCCUCGUAAACAAUAUCGAAUUGCGUUUCAAGCGAGGAUCAAACAUCGAAAUAAAGUCACACAUUCAUCAUCAUGCGUCUGCAAUCCUUCCUCCUUGCAGUUUAUUUUAUGGUAGCAGCCACGGCUAUAGCCAUCAGUCCGAGUAAGCUACCCAACGACCUUUUCUAGUUGAAUAUAAAUCUAAUAUCAAGAUAGGAAUCCAAAUGGACGUUGAGCUCGCCGCAGAAGGUGCUCUCGAUAAUGGGCCUUCUUCCCACGAGGCUUGGUGAUGGUCAUGAUGUUGAGGUCCGGAUGAAGAUCUAUUAAUGAGAAAGGAACAAGGAUGGGGUAAUCUGGCAGGAGGAUUUUGCGUGUGGGUGACAUAAACAUGUUGAACAUGGCUUGGAACGGUUUCGCUCUUGGGUCAAAUUGGUUCAAGGCAGAGGAAGCUUACUUGUUGUCAAGCUGCUGCCAAUCCAUCU